AUGGGACUUGCCGCCGGCUCGCUCACACCGGUCCCGGGUCCAUCUGGUGCCGAGGCCGGAGCUCGCAAAGGCGGUGACGAUUGCCAUGGCUCAUCCUCUAACUCCUCAUGCAAAGCGGCUGUUGUCGCUCUGCGCUCGCCGUGGCACGUUGGACCAACACUGACUUCGGAACUGGAGAUAAGGGGGAAAGACCCUUUAUUCUUGGUCGUUCUCUCGGCUCGACGCCAAGUGGCUCGAGUGACCUCGAUUCUCGAAUGUUGCGCUAUAUUGCGUUGGCGCUUGCAAGUUGUCCUCCCGGAGAGACACGCAUACACACAGUCUAAGCCUACGUCUCCGCCGAUCACCACCGUUGUGUCGUCGUCGAUUCGCACCAACUGCGUUCCCACCGCAUUUCUCCAAGUCGAAGUGGCGGCCUUCGGAUCUGAAACGAGAGAUCCAUCAACUGCUUACCGCUUCCAACCCUUCUUAAACACGGUGCCGACUCGUUCAAGCUGGCUUCUGAUUCUCUCCCCGGUCCCCCCUCCUCCCGCCUCUGCCCUCGCCGUAAAGGAUAACGCUGAGUUCACUCGCGACCCUUUCGGUAUCCCUACAACCCGCUGCCAUCGUCUCUUGCUACUAGCACCAACGAAGCAAACUUUGGACCGUUACUCAGACCCAUCAUCGCCAAUGUCUUCCGCCACCACUGCCCACGACCAAGCUCCGUCAUCUCCAGCCGCGUCAGAAGGUUCUUCUUCGCGGUCCAGUGCGCCGCCAUCGACACCCCCAAUGACAACGUCCCUCCCAAUUGCCACCACUUUCAUGAACUUCACGAGCGAAGACACUAUCAACGGAGUUCCCAGCCUCGCCGGUGUCAAACGCACUGCGAAAAACAUCAGAAGAGUCAAUACUGCUGAACGACGGGCAACCCACAAUGCUGUUGAGCGUGCCAGACGCGAAACACUCAACGGGCGGUUCUUGGACCUUGCCGCACUCCUCCCCAACCUCAAUACCAUUCGUCGUCCAUCCAAAUCGGCCAUUGUCAAUUCGUCAAUCGCGCAUCUCAAUGCCUCUCGGCGGCACCGUAUCCUUGCGGCUCAAACUCUCCGCAUGAUCAAAGAGGAAACAGACGCGCUCCGUCACGAGAUUAACCAAUGGCGCGCGCGGGCUGGCGUUCAAGGGCUUGAGGAGCCAAUGCGUGGUGAUGGGUUUGGGCUCAUCCUCACUGGGGAGCUUGAGUUUGAACAGUCGGAUUUGCUGGACGGGAGCGAAGAGGGCGAGGAGGAUGGGGAUGGCGCGUAUGGGAGCCGCCCGUAUUCUUCUGGCGGAGAGCCAUCAGCUGAAGAAUAUGCUCUUCAACGAGCCCAUGCGGAGAUGCUUGCUGCCCAAGCCCACCAAGCCCAGCUUCAGCACCAAGAUCACCUGCGUGCCCAACAGCAAGCCGCGUUCAAUGGCGAGCCACACACACCUCCAGGCUAUUACAGCUCUCCAGCCGUUGUCCACACCCGACUCGAUGCUGCCUACGAGAACCCCUCGGCGGGCUACUACGAGCCGGCGGUCCAUCCAACUUCGGUCGACAUGGAGCAACAAUGGGCUGCCGUCGCUUACGAGAAACAACAACGGAUACUCCACCACCAACAGCACCACCAGCCGUCCUGGUGA